AUGUCUACUGUGGGCAUACUACAUAAGUCGACCUCCAAGGAAAAUUUUCAAGGAACAGAUCACAUAUUUGGUGAAAAUGUUGGACCUCCUUUGCAAAAAGAUUUUAGAAAUGGAGAAGGUCCUGGCUCUCCCAAUCACGAUAAAUCUCACAUUUUCGGCACGAAACGGGAAGAUUCUGAGAUACUUUUUCGGGGCAAAAGUUCGUUGUGGGGAAACGGGACAAACGGGAAAGCUGAUAUACGAUAUGAACAAACUGGCGUCAAAGACGAGAGUGGAAAUGAUGCCGUUGAAUGUUCCAAUCGAGAAAAAAUUCGAGAACUGCAGUCAAGCUUGUGGAAAUUGUUCCGAGACAGUACCUUGGACGGCUCUGUAUGGACAAAGGAACACGUUCAAACGCCGUGUUAUCUUGUACUCCCAAACAAUGAAUCUAAAGUCGAACAUGAUCGUUUUUCCGUGUGCCAAGUGUCAGUUUGUGCGGGACUCGAUAUUAAAACACCGUGCAAUGAUUCUCCCAUUAUAGUUGAACGAAUAAGUGAAUCUGAUAGUAUUCGUGUGGCAACCUCUCUUCACCUUAAGCUCCAAACUGAAGAUCCUCAAGAAAAUUCUAUGAAAGAGCUUCAUUUUAAUCAUAUUAUCAUCAUCGGAAAACGUUAUUGUGGCAUGCCUUUUAUGGAUUGUUCUGGUCGCGUGUUUGAUUGA